AUGCGCCUCUCAAUUGUAGCCGUCUGGCUAUCCUCAGCCACGGCCCUAGCCGCCGCCGCUGUGGACUGGAAGACUGUCAAGUGCCAAGGCACCGUCGUCGAUGCAAAGGCUUUGCCUGACAAGCGAUGGGUGCUCAAGGCCUGGAAGGAGUACGACUCUGGCCCGAACGAGGUCAAGUUCGAGUUCAGUCAGUUCGCGUCGUGGUACCUCGGCGGCCCGGAGAUGUGGCGAUGCACGCAGCUGCUUGACGUGCCUUGCUCAACUUCGUUGACGUGCGAGGAUACCAAGUACCCUGCUGGUCAUCUGAUUCUCAACUCCUUCUCCAAGAUGCACCAAUUCCACCGCCGUUACUUCGAGGCUCUUGACCAGGCACAGAUGGACAUUCAGUCCGAGAUGGGUCUUUUUGCCGAGAAGUUCUCUGUUCCUCUUGCGGAGAGCGACUCAUCCGCAAGAAUGCAAAGAAUCAUGCUCAACGUCAUCUACGGAGUCGUUGGUAUUGCGCAAGCUUACACUAACAACAUCUUUGUGUACUCUACGCUGUUCCAGAGUUUUCUCACCCAGACAAUGCGAUCUCAAAUCACCACAACCAGCAGUUACACGAUCUUCACCAGUUGGGCCAUCGGAAAGGAUUUCCUGCUUCCAGGUGCUUCACCCAAGCCCGCUUACGGAACAUUGUCUGCCAUGAUGGGCGAUGUGUUUGACAGCUGGAAGGCGGCCGAGGUCGAGUACCUCAAGAGAAUCUUCACCCCAAGAGAUGACGCCACGAUUAAGUUCUUGACAGCCGCGCUGGACAAUGGCCUGAUGUCUGCCACCCCCGACGACAUUGACUUCAGGGAGAUGUCCAAGGUGAUCAAGAAGCUCUUCUACCCCAACCUCAUGCUGGCCGCCUGGGAGACUGUCCCCUCGGCUCGGAGACCCUUUGUCCUCCAAACCGGUCUCCCCUGCAAGAUGGGCAAGACUGAGAGAGACGAUUCCCUUUGGCCAUUCUUGCCUGCCGACUCGCACGAGAGAGCUGCUGCCUGCUACAACGGCGCUCUGUUUUACCUGCUCGACAUCAGGAACGAGGGGGUCGAGUUAAGCAUUGGUCACCCCUCCAUCAGGCCCAGUGAGAACAACCCCUUCUCCGCUCUCUUCGGUACGGACACCAUGGAUGGCAAGCAGUGGGGUGGUGUCACAAAGGAAGACAUCGUCGCCGCUGUGUAUGGAGGCUGGGUCGAGGGCGGCCGGAUGAACAACAACUUCAACAUGAAUUACACCAACAUCCAGCCCAGCGAGGGAUCUAGCUUGUGGUUUGGAAAUGGCAUUCGCGUGCCUGGCUACGUCAAGAUGCCGCUCUGCAACAACAUUUACACCAUUGUUGGCAAUGUGGAGUUUGGCAAGCCAGAGACCAACCCUUCCUGGCCUUGUGCUAGUCUUCCCGUCAUUAAGCCUUCUAGAUAA